UUAUUAUCCCCAGGGAAAGAGAAUAUAAAAGAAAUAAAAAUAUUGAGUCUUCCCCCACCAAAGCUUCAAAGCUUCUUGCCAUGGCUCAGGCAGCUCUGCGAUGGCUAAGCCUUGUGGCUGUGGUCUGGCUUCAGUUCAUAAACGGAACAAACACCAAUUUCCCAGCUUAUUCUUCUGAGCUCAAACAGCUACUGUCAAUGUCCCAGUUGCAACUCAACAACCUUGCCUUCGCCUCUGAUGCAGGGAAGAUCUUGGGGUGUUUAGCUGGCUUUGCUGCAGAUCACCUCCCCUUCUCGGUCGUCCUCAUCAUUGGCUCUAUUCUGGGGUUCAUUGGCUAUGGAGUUCAGUUUCUAUAUGUGAGUAACCUCAUUUCCUCACUCUCGUACUGGCAAGUCUUUGGGCUCAGUGUUCUGGCUGGGAACAGCAUUUGUUGGAUCAACACAGUUUGUUACAUUGUAGUGAUUCGAAACUUCCCUUCGUACCGCCAGAUAGCAGUGGGCAUAUCGACUAGCUAUAUAGGACUGAGUGCAAAGAUUUUCACAGAUAUAGUCGAUGCUGUUUGGCCACAUUCGUCACCCAUUAGAAGAGCAAGAGCCUAUCUUCUUUUAAACACUGUUUUACCUUUAGUGGUUUGUGUUAUAGCUGCGCCAAUAGCUAGAGCUAUAGAUGCCGGAAAGGAGAGGAAAAAGGAAGGUGGGUUUAUAGUAAUGUUUGUGAUCACCAUAGCCACUGGAAUCUAUGCCGUUAUAAGCAGUUUGGGGUCAGUCCCAAGUGGGUUAUGGCCGGUGAUUAAUCUGGUCGUCAUGGUAGUGCUGGUCAUAUUGGCUCCGCUCACGAUUCCUUUAGGUGAAAGUUUAGUGGAAGAAUGGGGGUUGAGUAACGAAGAAAAAGUACAUGAUUUCCCCAUAAAGGAAUUACAUGACAAUAGAGAGUUGAGAUCAGUAGAGGAAGGAAUGGUAGAGGAAGAGGUUGUUGUUGCUGCAGAAGUUUGUGAUGAAGUGGUUGCCAAGGAGGAGAUUGGCUUGAAAACCAUGCUCAGUAGAUUAGAUUUUUGGCUUUAUUUCUUGAUAUAUUUUCUGGGUGCAACACUUGGGUUGGUGUUCUUUAACAACUUGGGACAAAUAUCAGAGUCUCGUGGGUAUUCCAGCACUUCCUCCCUUGUGUCUCUGUCUUCAGCAUUUGGGUUCUUUGGACGUCUCAUGCCAUCUCUUCAGGACUACUUCUUCUCGAGGAGUAAGUAUGUGGUGUCAAGGCCAGCGUCCUUGGUAGCCCUGAUGGCACCAAUCUCAGGAGCCUUCUUCAUUCUCGUCAAUCCAACCAACCUCUGCCUCUACAUCAGUACAGCCAUAAUAGGAGUCUGCACCGGCGCAAUUUCUUCCAUUGCUGUCUCCCUCACUUCAGACCUUUUCGGGACAACUAAUUUUGGCGUAAACCAUAACGUUUUGGUUGCCAAUAUUCCCCUGGGGUCCUUCCUCUUUGGCUUCUUCGCAGCUCGUCUCUACCACAAAGAAGGACAUGGAGGAGGUGGGAGGUGCAUUGGCAUUGAAUGCUAUCGUGGAACUUUUAUCAACUGGGGGUCACUUUCACUCCUUGGCACGUUCCUAUCCCUUGUCCUCUACGCCCGCAAUCGGAAAUUCUACUUGCAGAGGUUACAGGCAGCAGUCACCCCCCGUUAACAACUCAGCCCCAAUGGAAGAAACCAAGCAUGGAGUUGCAGUCGGAGCCAGGCUUCUCCCAGUCUACAUGUAACUCUUUACAAUAAUUUCGUUACUUGGGCCUGUGAUUAAUCCUUGAUCAACCUUCCCCUCUAGGGUUGUCACAGCAAAAUGAUAGCGAAAUGUGCUGGAUGGAAUGAAUUUGAAGCCAUUGUUAGUACUCUUUCGUGCACAGAAGGAAUUAAUCUAUGAAGAUAUCGUGUGGUCUUUGUUUGCAGUUA